AUGGCCGGCCAGGGGCCGGCCAUAAUUAAUAUUUGGAAUUCUGAUAAUACUUGUUUAUCUUCUAUAAAAUCUAUAGCUUCUGCUAAUAAAUAUUUUUCAUUAUUAAUUGGAAGUAGGUUGCAAAUUGUAUUGUUGAUUUGUUUUGAUGUUUCAUCAAUAUCCAACAAUAUGUGUUAUUGUUAA